CCCCCACGUACUCCUGCAAGAAAACAGUACCCUUUCUUGAGAUGAAAACCCACUAAAAUUUUGGUCAGAAAAAGGGGCGGAGAAAAACCCAGAGAAGAAUCUAGACAAGAAGAAGAAGAAGAGAGAGAAAAAAGAAAAUCAAGAAAAAAUGAAGAGAGAAGCAGCGGCGGAGGGCGGCGAGGGAGAGGGUGAAAAGGGCGGGGAGAAUUUCUGCCUGAAAAGUUUGUUGGAUAAGGGAAGCGUAGAGAGCCAUAGGUACUAUUUGGCGCGAAGAACGGUGCUGGAAAUGCUGAAGGAUCGUGGAUUCGCGGUGCCCAGUUGUGAAAUUGAGGUUUCGCUAGAGGAAGUUAGGAAUAAGCAUGGCCAGAUUCCCGAGGUUGACGAAUGGGGGGUUUCUUCUCUUCACAAGGAAAAUUUGGAAAUGCAGGUUCUAGUUCUAUUCAGUGGUCCGGGGAUAGUGAAAGUAAAUAACAUACGUGCGAUUGCAGCUCAGAUAGUUAACAAAGACAGCCUAAGUGGACUUAUAUUAGUCGUCCAAAAUAAAAUGACCAGUCAGGCCUUGAAAGCCGUCGAGCUUUUCUCCUUCAAAGUCGAAAUUUUCCAGAUUGCGGAUUUGCUGGUGAACGUAACUAAGCAUGAGAUGAAGCCAAAACACCAAGUGCUGACUAACGAAGAGAAACAAAAUCUACUGAAGAAGUACAGCAUAGACGAAAAGCAGCUUCCGCGGAUGUUGCAGAAAGACGCAAUAGCUCGUUAUUAUGGGAUGGAGAAAGGGCAGGUUGUUAAGGUGACAUACGGUGGCGAGUUAACUCAGUUACAUGUGACUUAUCGAUGCGUUUGGUGAUUUCUUUUAUUGCUUGUAACUUCAAUGUAUUUGUACUUUUGUAGGCAAUGCUUUCUGCAAUUCUGAUCAGAUGUUUUAAUUUCUGACGAUUUCUAAUGAACAAUUGUCCAUCGGAUUUUUGUAGUUUUUGCGUU